AUGAGGCUAGCUAACAGUACGUGGUUGGCGAAUCAAGCAUACUCGUACUUGGACUCCGCUGUGGCACCUCUGGAGGUGGUUCGGGAACAAAAACCGCUGCUUCCUUGGCUUACAGAUGGACAGCUGGCGUUGGUGCUGCCAGUAGUGGCAUAUUGGACGUUUUCGAUGUUCUUCCAUGUCAUAGAUACGUUUGAGCUGGCAGAACGGUUCCGAAUCCACCCUCCAGAAGAAGUGCAGAAACGCAACAAGGCAAGCCGGAAAGAAGUGCUGGGUGAAGUGCUGGUUCAGCAUAUGAUCCAGUCCGUCACCGGACUGGCAAUGCUGUACAUGGACCCAGCACCCAACACCGGGUUCGAGCAAAAAGCGAUGUGGGAACUCAGACAGCUGGCCCCCAGCUGGGUGCCCAACAGAGCCAUUUACUUGGCGUACACCUACGGGGUCUCUCUGGCCAAGGUUUUCGUCGGAUUCUGCAUCAUCGACUCGUGGCAGUACUGGCUGCACCGUCUGAUGCACACCAACAAAACUCUGUACCGGAUGUACCACUCCAGACACCACCGUCUGUACGUGCCCUACGCAUACGGCGCGCUGUACAACUCGCCCUUGGAAGGUUUCUUGCUUGAUACGCUGGGAACCGGUAUCGCCGCGAUCGUCACACAGCUCACACACCGCGAGCAAGUGGUGCUAUACACGUUUGCCACGCUCAAAACCGUAGACGACCACUGUGGAUAUGCACUUCCCUGGGACCCAUUCCAAUGGAUUUUCCCCAACAAUGCGGUCUACCAUGACAUCCACCACCAGCAGUUUGGCAUCAAGACAAACUUUGCGCAACCUUUCUUCACCAUUUGGGACCGCGUGUGUGGCACAAAAUUCCACGAUUUGGAAAAAUAUGAACACGCUCAGCGUCGUAUCACCAUUGACAAGUACAAAGAGUUUUUGAGUCAAAGGGAAGCUGAAAAGCAGGCCAGGGUCAAGGCUGGUCGGGGAACGAAGAAGGAGAAUUGA